CUGUCGGUCUAUCUCUCGGCCGCCCGUCCUUCGUUUCCACCUCCCCUCCACCUCCGCCGCAGCCAUCUCUUCUUCGCUCUUCUCUUUUCCCCUAGUUCUCCUCCGCCGCGAGAUGAGCAGCCUAGCCGAUCUCCCUUCCAGGAAUUCUCUUCUCGCUGCUCCUUCCGCUAUCGCUGCCACCGAUGCCCCGGGUAAAGUCCGAAAGAUCCCUGUCCUCUCCUCCUCCGUCGUCCCAACAUCCUCUCAGUCGAACGGUGAUCCCAUGGAUGUCACACCUCCAGCCCCGGGCCCUGCGCCCCCCGUCCAGAGCAGCCCUGAUAGCGAUCGAACGGGCACAACCCCCAGCAUCACCACCACGAUCGCUCCUAAUAGUUCAACCGACUCGCAGGGUGUGAAUCACCAUCACCUAGGGCCCAACCAGGCAAUCGGGGCCGCCGCCGCCGCGCAACAGCCCAAAGUCGUUCAAACGGCCUUCAUCCACAAGCUAUACAAUAUGCUCGAAGAUCCCGCCAUCCAGCACCUAAUAUCAUGGUCCAACACCAAUGAUAGUUUUGUCAUGUCUCCCACCUCUGAGUUUUCCAAAGUUCUCGCCCAGUACUUCAAACACACCAACAUUUCCUCAUUCGUUCGGCAGUUGAAUAUGUACGGGUUCCACAAAGUGAGCGACGUUUUUCAUACUGGGUCUCCGGACUCCGCCCUCUGGGAAUUCAAGCACGGGAAUGGAAACUUCAAGCGGGGCGACCUUGUCGGUUUGCGCGAAAUUAAGCGACGCGCAUCCCGCCACGCGUUAAUCCAUCGCGAUUCAUUUCCAGGCCACAAGGCUACCUCGCAACCGGGUACUCCAGCCGAACCUAUUCCGGAUGCCACUGAAGCACGUCUGAUGAACCUGGAGCACUCAAUGUUCGACAUGCAUGCUCGUCUCACACGCGCCGAAGAAGGGAAUGCAGCGCUCAAUGCGCGAUGCCAGGCGAUGGCGGAGAGUUUGAUCCGAUGCUAUCAUUGGACACAUUCGAUCUCUCGAUUCCUUCAAGGCAUGAUUCCCGACCGUGAAGGUAUUCUGUAUCGAGAUGUGACCGGCAUGCAAGCAGAGUUAGAGAAACAUUUAGAUGCUGUGCGGUCAUUGGAGCACUCUCAGGACCCAUACUUAUCGGUUCGACAGCCCUACGUUGCCAACAUUUCAGUCGAACCAGGCCCACCCUUGUCUCCACGCCAGAUUCCUCAGGAAGACGGACGCCGCCCUUCGAUGAUGGAGAAUCCGUCUCGGCCCAACAUGAUCCGCCCACCCGUUCCCCCACAUCUAGCUGCCUCUCCGCGUCGCUUUGGUUCAAUUGGAGCUGGACAAUCCUCUUCGAACUAUAGUCGUCCCCAGGUGCCAUCUGUGGUCACUCCACAACAGCCUGUGCCUCAUCCUCUGUCAGCUGUGUCGUCGCCCCCAGGCCCUAACCUCACUCGUCGCCAUACAUCAGCCGAUAUUAGACAGCAUGGCUGGCCUCCACCGGGGGUAUCACCAUUUCCUUUGGCUCAUCUGCCCACCCAUGCGGCAAAUCCCUGGUCGCCGUCGCGACACCGAACCCCGACUUCCAGUGAGCAGCAAGUGCGCGAUGUAUUGGCACAAUACGAAAUGGGCGCCCCUAGGCGUCUACAAGAAACCACUCGUCAUGCCACACCUCCCUUACACCCUGACCAGACUGUUCCCGCCGAUAAUGGGUGGCCUUUAGGUCCCAGGUUUCCUCGGCACGAAAUGUCCCUUCCUGCAACCCGGCGCUCGAGCAUGGCGAGCAAUGUUCAUUCACUUCUUAACCCCGCCGAUACAGCCGAGCGACCGGAUGAAGACCAGCAUGCGAUGGCGGAUGAUCGAAAGCGGAAGCGACUCGAGUAAAUCACUGGCGAAUUAUCCUCACAUAUUUUAUAAAGGAGAAACAUCAUUCCAAGCAGCACGGGCAGAACUUUUCGAUGCAGCCUAUUGACAACUUCAUAGCAUGCGACUGCUAUUAAUGCGACCUCACGAUUCUCUUUCCAUAAUGUACUCCUUGCCUGUGCUGCGAAUUUUC